AUGGAGGGGUUGACCAAAACACGACAACCACCACCUACAACCGGCUGUGACCGUCGGGCAGACACUUCCAGUGAUUCGAGACGGCUCACCCCGAAGCGUCGUGAUGCCGACGGUAUUCGUACACUACGUGACAGACCAUCUCUGCGGAUCUCCAGUCUUGGCGGGGCAUCUCGCUGCCAAAGCAAAGCGAGCACUACUGAUGCCGCAGUCAAAGUCUUCCUUCAGAGCAGACCACUCGGUCGUUGUUCAUGA